CAGCUGCUGCUGAAGACAGCCGGAAUCUGAACAGUAGAAGAAGAAGACCACGUGAGAAAGAAAAGCAGCAUGUCUCCACCGGGAGGGAAGAUAAACAGACCCAAAACUGAGCUCGGGAGGAAUCUGUUCAAGCGGCGGCGAGUUUUGAGCAGAGAGAAGCGGAAGAGACAUCUGAUCACGGGAGCGGUGGUCGAUCAGGGUCUCAUCACCGUCCAUCACCUGAAGAAGAGGAGCUCGAGCGCGCGGGCGAACAUCACUCUGUCGGGGAAGAAGAGGAGGAAGCUGAUCAAGCAGCUGCAGCACAUGCAGCAGGAGAAGGCCGGGAUGGACGUUGAAGCUCUACCAGCAGCAGCAGCACCACAGAAGAAGAAACAGGAGACAUCGUCUGCUCCAUCCACAACAAAGAAAAACAAGAAGAAGAAGAAGAAGAAGAAGGCGGGUACAGCUGGAGCGCAGGCGGACGUAGAGAUGGAAGAGAUGGAGUGACGAGACGACGGCUUAAAACAGGACUCAGAUUCAUGUUUGAACUCAAAAAUGAAAAUAUCGAACGACCGGUUUCUCUGAAGUUUGAUCGGAGGGACGUCUGAAGGAAGAUUCAGACACAAGAAGAAGAGAAAAACAUUCACCAUCAGGGAAGUUCACAAGUUAGGUUCCACAAAUUAAAUCAUUUAUUCAUCAAGUCAACGUGAGCUGAUCCAAACAUGGACUCAGAAGUUUGAGACAGUCAGAUUAGUUUAAACGUAGCUCAUAGUUGAGACGUAGUUCCUGUUGUGUUGUAAAAAAAAAAUACAAAUGAAGACAUACCAUGACUAAGUGUGACUGUAACACUCUGACUGUACCAUAGUUAAUAAAAAAAUAAGUCUAAUUCUGAA